UGGCCACCGGCCGCCGCGGGGAGCGGCCCCACCGCUUGCGCCCCGCCUCGCGCGGGCCCCGGGCCCCGGCCGGGCCCUGAUGGGGCCGGAGCCACCCCCGCGCCCGGACGCCGCCGCAGCGGCGGAGCGGAGCGGCUGCCCCCGCGCCUAGAGACGCCCCCUUUCCCCUCCGCCGCCACCCCCGAGCCGCGGCCGCCGCCGCCCCGGGCGCCGAGACCCCGUGAAAGAACGGCUUUGGUGUUGAAGAGAAACCUCGGAAACGAAUAAGCCCUGUUCUCUUGAAGAUGUUGCCCUGAUCCCAGGAAAGCUGUAUAGGAUACAAGAGAGCUUCCAGAAAUCAGUCAAGAUGAAUAUGGUGAAGAGGAUCAUGGGCCGGCCACGGCAGGAAGAGUGUAGCCCACAGGAUAAUGCAUUAGGCUUGAUGCAUCUGCGUCGCCUUUUCACAGAGCUCUGUCAUCCUCCACGGCACAUGACCCAAAAAGAACAGGAAGAAAAACUUUACAUGAUGUUGCCGGUGUUUAACAGGGUGUUUGGAAAUGCUCCUCCAAGUACAAUGACAGAAAAAUUUUCUGACCUCCUGCAGUUUACUACUCAAGUGUCACGAUUGAUGGUGACUGAAAUUCGACGGAGAGCAUCAAAUAAGUCCACAGAGGCUGCAAGUCGUGCCAUUGUCCAGUUUCUGGAGGUCAAUCAAAGUGAAGAAGCAAGUAGAGGUUGGAUGCUGCUGACUACAAUCAAUUUACUAGCUUCAUCAGGACAGAAAACUGUGGACUGCAUGACUACAAUGUCAGUGCCUUCCACACUUGUUAAAUGUCUAUAUCUGUUUUUUGACCUUCCACAUGUGCCUGAGGUAGUUGGAGGAGCACAGAAUGAACUACCUCUCGCAGAGCGCCGAGCGCUACUACAGAAAGUCUUUGUACAGAUCCUAGUAAAAUUGUGCAGUUUUGUGUCCCCGGCGGAAGAACUGGCUCAAAAGGAUGAUCUCCAGCUUCUGUUCAGUGCAAUAACCUCAUGGUGCCCUCCCUACAAUCUGCCUUGGAGGAAGAGCGCAGGGGAAGUACUAAUGACCAUAUCACGUCAUGGCCUUAGUGUCAAUGUAGUGAAAUACAUUCAUGAAAAGGAGUGUUUAUCCACGUGUGUUCAGAACAUGCAGCAGUCUGAUGACCUUUCUCCCCUAGAAAUAGUUGAGAUGUUUGCUGGACUUUCUUGUUUUCUCAAAGACUCCAGUGAUGUAUCCCAAACGUUGUUGGAUGAUUUUAGGAUAUGGCAAGGAUACAACUUCCUCUGUGACCUCCUCCUCAGAUUAGAACAGGCAAAAGAGGCUGAAUCUAAGGAUGCCUUGAAGGACUUAGUUAAUUUGAUAACUUCCUUAACAACAUAUGGUGUAAAUGAAUUAAAGCCAGCUGGUGUGACUACUGGAGUACCUUUCCUGCUACCUGGGUUUGCAGUCCCACAGCCUGCAGGCAAAGGUCACAGUGUGAGGAAUAUUCAAGCAUUUGCAGUCCUCCAGAAUGCAUUUUUGAGAGCAAAAACCAGCUAUCUAGCACAAAUCAUCCUUGACGCCAUCACAAAUAUUUAUAUGGCAGAUAGUGCCAACUACUUCAUUUUGGAAUCGCAGCACACAUUGUCUCAGUUUGCAGAGAAAAUUCCUAAACUUCCAGAAGUGCAGACCAAAUACUUUGAGAUGCUGGAGUUUGUUGUCUUCAGCUUGAAUUACAUACCCUGUAAAGAACUGAUCAGUGUGAGCAUCCUUUUAAAAUCCAGCGCUUCUUUUCAGUGUAGCAUCAUUGCCAUGAAGACUCUCCUUAAGUUCACCCGUCAUGACAACAUCUUUAAGGAUGUCUUCAGGGAAGUGGGACUUCUGGAAGUGAUGGUAAAUCUUCUUCAUAAAUAUGCAGCUCUUCUGAAAGAUCCCACUCAGGCACUGAAUGAUCAAGGGGAUUCAAAAACCAGUUCAUUUGAGGACCAAAAGCAGCUGGCUUUAUUGGUUAUGGAGACCUUGACAGUGCUACUACAAGGAUCAAACACAAAUGCAGGUAUUUUCAGGGAGUUUGGUGGCGCUAGGUGCGUGCACAACAUAGUGAAGUAUCCCCAGUGCCGGCAGCAUGCCCUGUUGAUCAUCCAGCAGUUGGUGUUAUCACCUAGUGGAGAAGAUGAUAUGGGCACUUUGUUGGGACUGAUGCACUCGGCUCCACCUACGGAACUGCAGCUGAAAACAGACAUCCUACGGGCCCUGCUCUCAGUUCUGAGAGAAAGUCACCGCACAAGAACUGUUUUCAGAAAAGUUGGUGGAUUUGUGUAUGUCACAUCUUUACUCGUUGCUAUGGAAAGAUCUUUGUGCUCACCGCCUAAGAAUGGCUGGGAGAAAGUAAACCAGAAUCAAGUAUUUGAACUACUUCACACUGUUUUCUGCACAUUGACUGCAGCAAUGCGCUAUGAGCCAGCCAACUCUCAUUUCUUCAAAACAGAGAUCCAGUAUGAAAAACUGGCAGACGCUGUUCGAUUACUUGGCUGCUUCUCAGACUUGAGAAAAAUAAGCCCCUUGAAUGUCUUCCCUUCAAAUACGCAACUAUUUCAAAGGCUUUUGGAGGAUGAUCUAAUAUCCCUGGAUUCUGUGUCACCUACGCUAAGACACUGCAGCAAACUUUUUAUUUACCUCUACAAGGUCGCAACAGAUUCUUUUGACAGUCGUGCAGAACAGAUCCCUCCUUGCCUGACAAAUGAGACUUCUCUCCCCUCUCCCUGGGGUACGCCAGCUUUGUCCAGGAAAAGGCACGCAUACCAUUCUGUUUCAACACCUCCUGUUUGCCCUCAGAAAAAUAUAGCUGAUGUGAAACUCCAAACAGGACCCACAUCCAUACAAAGCUCUGAUGCAGUCAUUAUCCACCCUGGUGCUAUGCUUGCGAUGCUGGAUCUUCUGGCCUCUGUUGGAUCAGCUACACAUCCAGAGCAUGCGCUGGAUCUCCAGCUGGCGGUGGCCAAUAUCCUGCAAUCUCUGGUGCACACAGAGAGAAACCAGCAAGUCAUGUGUGAAGCCGGGCUCCAUGCACGACUUCUACAAAGAUGUAGUGCCGCUCUGGCUGAUGAGGACCACUCGCUGCAUCCACCACUCCAAAGGAUGUUUGAAAGGCUGGCCUCCCAGGCACUGCAGCCAAUGGUGUUGAGGGAAUUUUUACGCUUGGGAAACCCUUUGAAUUGUGGAGCUUGGGACAAAAAGCUGUUGAAACAGUACCGAGUGCACAAACCCAGCUCGCUGAGUUUUGAACCGGAAAUGAGAAAUAGCAUGGUUACCUCAAUGGAAGGUCUGGGUUCUGACAGCGUCUUCAGUUUGCAUGAAGACAGCCACUAUCGGAUAAGCAAGAGCCUGCUCAAGCCAGCAGAAGGGAGCACAGUACCCCUGACGAGAGUGAAGUGUUUGGUCUCCAUGACAACCCCACAUGAUAUCAGGCUUCAUGGAUCAUCGGUUACACCAGCAUUCAUUGAGUUUGACACGUCUCUUGAAGGAUUUGGGUGCCUGUUCUUGCCAAGUUUGGCUCCCCAUAAUGCACCUACAAAUAACGCUGUUACAACAGGACUUAUUGACGGCGCGGUUGUCAGUGGAAUUGGAACUGGUGAAAGAUUUUUCCCACCGCCAUCUGGUUUAAGCUACUCAACUUGGUUUUGUAUUGAACAUUUUAGUACGCCUCCUAAUAACCAUCCUGUGAGACUUCUUACUGUAGUACGGCGUGCAAACUCCUCGGAGCAGCAUUAUGUAUGCCUUGCCAUUGUCCUCUCAGCAAAAGACCGGUCACUGAUUGUUUCAACUAAAGAAGAAUUGCUUCAGAAUUAUGUCGAUGACUUCAGUGAGGAAUCGUCAUUUUAUGAAAUUCUUCCUUGUUGUGCCCGUUUUCGCUGUGGUGACCUCAUUGUGGAAGGCCAGUGGCAUCACCUAGUUCUGGUCAUGAGUAAAGGCAUGCUGAAGAACAGCACAGCAGCGCUGUACCUUGAUGGGCAGCUUGUUAACACUGUUAAGCUUCACUAUAUUCAUAGUAGCCCUAGUGGGUCUGGUUCUGCCAAUCCACCUGUUGUCAGCACUGUUUAUGCCUAUAUUGGCACUCCACCUGCACAGCGCCAGCUCUCUUCCUUAGUGUGGCGUUUGGGCCCUACGCAUUUCCUGGAGGAAGUUUUGCCUGCCCCGGGCAUUAGCACCAUUUACGAGCUGGGACCAAAUUAUGUCGGAAGCUUUCAAGCAGUUUACAUACCAUGCAAAGAUUCAAAGUCUGAAGGAAUCAACCCAUCUCCAGUAUCUUUGGUACCAGAAGAAAAGGUCUCUUUUGGUCUCUAUGCACUGUCAGUUUCUUCAUUUACAGUGGCAAAAAUAAGGAAAGUUUACAACAAGUUGGAUAGUAAAGCUAUUGCCAAACAGCUGGCGAUUUCUUCUCAUGAAAAUGCCACGCCUGUGAAACUGCUACAUAACUCAGCAGGGCAUUUGAAUGGCCCGGCACGCCCCAUUGGGGCAGCUUUGAUAGGAUAUUUGGGAGUAAGAACGUUUAUCCCCAAGCCUGUUGCCACUACACUGCAGUACAUUGGUGGAGCUGCUGCUAUUUUGGGACUUGUAGCCAUGGCAUCAGAUGUAGAAGGGUUGUACGCAGCUGUGAAGGCCUUGGUCUGUGUGGUUAAGAGCAAUCCACUAGCCAGCAAAGAAAUGGAAAGAAUCAGAGGUUAUCAGUUGCUGGCAAUGCUGCUAAAGAAGAAACGAUCCCUUCUGAACAGCCACAUACUUCAUCUGACCUUCUCCUUGGUGGGAACUGUUGAUAGCGGGCAUGAGACCUCCAUUAUUCCAAAUUCAGCUGCCUUCCAGGAUCUACUGUGCGAUUUUGAAGUCUGGCUUCAUGCCCCUUAUGAGCUUCAUCUGUCAUUAUUUGAGCACUUCAUAGAACUUCUCACUGAGUCCAGUGAAGCGGCAAAGAAUGCUAAGUUAAUGAGGGAAUUUCAACUCAUCCCAAGACUGCUCUUGACUCUUCGAGAUAUGUCUCUGUCCCAGCCUACUAUUGCUGCGAUUAGUAACGUGCUGAGCUUUCUGCUUCAAGGCUUCCCUAGCAGCUAUGACUUGCUCAGGUUUGGACAGUUCAUCUCAUCUACUUUACCCACAUUUGCAGUCUGUGAAAAGUUUGUGGUCAUGGAAGUAAACCGUGAAGAAAAGCUUGACAGUGGAACAGAGGAUGAUUUUGGAGGACUUGUUUCAGCUAAUCUUAUUCUACUGCGGAACAGGCUUUUAGAUAUCCUUCUAAAACUUCUAUAUACAUCUAAAGAAAAGACAACAGUUAAUUUGCAGGCUUGUGAAGAAUUGGUCAAGACGCUGGGUUUUGACUGGAUUAUGAUGUUUAUGGAAGAACAUCUACAUUCCACCACGGUCACAGCAGCUAUGAGAAUUCUUGUGGUCCUGCUGAGUAAUCAGUCCAUCCUUAUCAAAUUUAAGGAGGGUCUCAGUGGUGGAGGCUGGCUCGAUCAGACAGAUUCUGUCUUGACCAAUAAGAUCGGUACUGUGCUAGGGUUCAAUGUCGGCAGGAGUGCUGGUGGCAGAUCGACAGUCCGGGAGAUUAACCGGGAUGCUUGUCACUUCCCAGGCUUUCCCGUUCUGCAGUCCCUUCUCCCAAAGCACACUAAUGUACCUGCACUCUAUUUCCUGCUCAUGGCCCUUUUUCUGCAGCAGCCAGUCACUGAACUGCCUGAAAACCUGCAGGUCAGUGCACCUGUCAGCAGCAGCCGAUGUAAUCAGGGUUGCCAGUUUGAUUUAGACUCUAUUUGGACAUUCAUAUUUGGAGUUCCUGCCUCCUGUGGCACUGUUACCUCUUCAAUACACAGUGUUUGCACAGAAGCUGCCUUCUUGUUAUUGGGAAUGUUGAGGAGCAUGCUGAAUUCCCCUUGGCAGUCGGAGGAAGAAGGCUCUUGGCUUCGAGAAUACCCAGUCACCUUGAUGCAAUUCUUUCGAUAUUUGUAUCACAAUGUGCCGGACCUCAUUUCGUUGUGGAUGAGUCCAGAGUUCCUGUGUGCGCUGGCAGCAACAGUGUUUCCUUUCAACAUAAGGCCUUACUCUGAGAUGGUCACUGAUCUUGAUGAUGAAGUUGGUUCCCCAGCUGAAGAGUUUAAAGCCUUUGCAGCUGAUUCUGGCAUGAACAGGAGCCAAUCAGAAUACUGCAAUGUUGGCACCAAGACAUACCUAACCAACCAUCCUGCCAAGAAGUUUGUGUUUGACUUCAUGCGUGUACUCAUAAUUGAUAACUUAUGUCUCACACCAGCCAGCAAACAGACUCCACUGGUAGAUCUUCUGCUAGAGGCUUCCCCUGAAAGAUCAACACGAACACAGCAGAAAGAGUUUCAGACGUAUGUUUUGGAUGGAGUGAUGGACCACUUACUUGCAGCUGAUGUUUUAUUGGGUGAAGAUGCAUCUCUGCCUAUAACGAGUGGAGGAAGCUACCAAGUGCUGGUGAACAAUGUGUUUUAUUUUACACAGCGUGUGGUAGAUAAGCUUUGGCAGGGCAUGUUCAACAAAGAAUCCAAACUUCUUGUGGACUUCAUAAUCCAGCUCAUUGCACAGUCAAAAAGAAGAUCUCAGGGAAUAUCGCUGGAUGCUAUUUAUCACUGCCUGAACAGGACCAUCUUGUAUCAGUUCUCAAGGGCACACAAAACUGUUCCUCAGCAAGUGGCUCUCCUUGAUUCCUUAAGGGUCCUUACUGUGAACAGAAACUUAAUUCUGGGACCUGGAAAUCAUGAUCAAGAGUUCAUCAGUUGCUUAGCUCACUGCUUGAUUAAUCUGCACGUGGGAAGUAACGUUGAUGGGUUUGGACUGGAAGCAGAAGCCAGGAUGACAACUUGGCACAUUAUGAUCCCCUCUGAUAUAGAACCAGAUGGAGUCUACAAUCAAGAUGCCAGUGAAGGUCGCCAGCUUCUUCUAAAAGCCAUAAACAGAGUGUGGACAGAGCUGAUCCAUAGUAAAAAGCAGGUUUUAGAAGAAGUCUUCAAAGUGACGCUACCUGUCAAUGAUCGCGGGCAAGUGGAUAUAGCUGUUGCAAGACCUUUUAUUGAGGAAGCAGGUUUAAAGUGUUGGCAAAAUCAUUUGGCUCAUGAGAAGAAAUGCAUCAGUAGAGGAGAGGCUUUGGUUCCAACCACACAGUCCAAACUUUCACGAGUUAGUAGUGGAUUUGGCCUCUCUAAACUAACAGGUUCCAGAAGAAACCGCAAGGAGAGUGGGCUCAAUAAACACAACCUCUCUACACAGGAAAUUUCCCAGUGGAUGUUUACUCACAUUGCAGUGGUUCGGGACCUGGUUGAUAUGCAGUAUAAAGAAUAUCAGGAGCGUCAGCAGAAUGCAUUAAAAUACGUGACAGAAGAGUGGUCUCAAAUUGAAUACGAGUUACUACGAGAGCGAGGUUUGUGGGGUCCCCCUAUUGGCUCCCAUCUUGACAAGUGGAUGUUGGAGAUGACUGAGGGCCCCUGCAGAAUGAGGAAGAAGAUGGUGCGAAAUGACAUGUUUUAUGUUCAGUAUCCUUACAUGCCUGAAGCUGAACAAGAAACAAACAUGCUGUCUGACUUCUCAGGUAGAGUUCCUGAGACAUCUGAUGAUACCAUACCUCAAAAGAAACCUGCUCGUUACCGAAGAGCUAUAAGUUAUGACAGUAAGGAGUACUACAUGCGCCUGGCUUCUGGAAACCCUGCAGUCUUUCAGGAUGCUAUAGAAGAGAAUACUGUGGGUGAAACAACCCAGCAGGAGCCAGAACAUGGGGAAGACACUAUUGCAAGAGUCAAAGGCCUGGUGAAGCCUCCCCUGAAACGAUCUCGCUCUGCUCCUGAUGGAGGAGAUGAUGAGAACCAGGACCAGUCACAGGAUCAGAUUGUUGAGGGGAGUUCAAUUGAUGAAGAGGAGAAGACAGACAAUACAACUCUACUUCGACUUCUCGAAGAAGGAGAGAAGAUUCAGCAUAUGUACCGCUGUGCUCGAGUUCAGGGCCUUGACACCAGCGAAGGGCUGCUCCUCUUUGGGAAAGAGCACUUCUAUGUCAUUGAUGGAUUUACCAUGACAGCCACCAGAGAAAUACGGGAUAUUGAGACACUGCCUCCAAAGAUGCAUGAGCCAAUCAUACCUAGGGGAGCAAGGCAAGGUCCAAGUCAACUUAAAAGAACGUGUAGCAUUUUUGCGUAUGAAGAUAUCAAGGAAGUACAUAAAAGGAGAUACCUUUUGCAGCCAAUUGCGAUUGAAGUUUUCUCGGGAGACGGACGGAACUAUCUUCUAGCUUUCCAAAAAGGGGUUAGAAACAAGGUUUAUCAAAGGUUUUUGGCUGUGGUGCCAUCUUUAACUGACAGUUCGGAGUCGGUGUCUGGGCAGAGACCAAACACCAGCGUAGAGCAAGGGUCUGGCUUGCUUAGCACUUUAGUGGGAGAAAAAUCUGUUACUCAAAGAUGGGAAAGAGGAGAAAUCAGUAACUUCCAGUACCUGAUGCACUUAAACACUCUGGCGGGCAGAUCCUAUAAUGAUCUCAUGCAGUACCCUGUCUUUCCCUGGAUCCUUGCAGACUAUGAUUCAGAGGAACUGGAUCUUACAAAUCCCAAGACAUUCAGAAACCUGGCCAAGCCCAUGGGAGCUCAAACAGAAGACAGGUUAGCCCAGUACAAGAAGCGAUACAAAGAUUGGGAAGAUCCAAAUGGGGAAACUCCAGCUUAUCACUAUGGGACCCACUAUUCAUCGGCCAUGAUAGUUGCUUCCUAUCUUGUACGGAUGGAGCCUUUUACUCAGAUUUUCUUACGGUUACAGGGUGGUCACUUUGACCUGGCUGACCGAAUGUUUCACAGCGUACGGGAGGCUUGGUAUUCAGCGUCGAAGCACAACAUGGCAGAUGUGAAGGAACUCAUCCCUGAGUUCUUCUACCUCCCUGAGUUCCUGCUGAAUUCCAACAAUUUUGACCUAGGUUGCAAACAAAAUGGCACUAAACUUGGAGAUGUAAUACUUCCCCCAUGGGCAAAAGGCGAUCCUCGCGAAUUUAUCAGAGUUCAUCGGGAGGCUCUGGAAUGUGACUUUGUGAGUGCACAUCUGCAUGAGUGGAUUGAUUUGAUCUUUGGCUAUAAACAGCAAGGUCCUGCUGCAGUAGAAGCUGUAAAUGUCUUUCACCAUCUCUUCUAUGAGGGGCAAGUGGACAUAUAUAACAUCAAUGACCCAUUAAAAGAGACAGCUACAAUAGGAUUCAUUAAUAACUUUGGACAGAUACCAAAGCAGCUCUUUAAAAAACCACACCCACCAAAGCGUGUUAGAAGCCGACCGAAUGGCGAGGCUGUGGGAACCUCUAUGCCCCCUGGUUCCACAAGUGACAAGAUCUUUUUCCAUCAUUUGGAUAACCUGAGGCCAUCUCUUGCCCCAGUGAAAGAGCUCAAGGAGCCUGUGGGACAGAUCGUGUGUACUGAUAAAGGCAUUCUGGCAGUAGAGCAGAAUAAGGUUCUCAUCCCACCUACAUGGAAUAAAACUUUUGCUUGGGGCUAUGCAGACCUCAGCUGUAGACUGGGUACCUAUGAGUCGGACAAGGCAGUAAUUGUUUACGAAUGUUUGUCAGAAUGGGGUCAGAUACUGUGUGCCAUUUGCCCAAACCCCAAACUUGUUAUCACUGGAGGAACAAGCACAGCGGUGUGUGUGUGGGAAAUGGGCAUCUCCAAAGAAAAAGCUAAAGCCCUCACACUGAAACAGGCAUUACUGGGUCAUACUGACACUGUCACAUGCUUAACAACAUCGCUAGCUUAUCACAUAAUUGUGAGUGGAUCACGAGACCGCACCUGCAUCAUCUGGGAUUUGAAUAAACUCUCUUUUCUAACCCAGCUUCGAGGUCACAGGGCUCCAGUUUCAGCACUCUGUAUAAAUGAACUAACGGGGGAUAUUGUAUCGUGUGCUGGCACUUACAUCCAUGUAUGGAGCAUUAAUGGCAGCCCCACCGCAAGCGUGAACACUUUCACCGGCCGAAGCCAGCAAAUAAUGUGUUGCAUUGUGUCAGAGAUGAAUGAGUGGGAUACCCAGAACGUCAUAGUAACAGGACAUUCAGAUGGAGUUGUCCGGUUCUGGCGGAUGGAGUUUUUGCAAGUACCAGAAACACCAGCUCCGGAGCCCGCGGAGGUGCUGGAAAUGCAAGAGGAUUGUCAGGAAGCACAAAUAGGGCAGGAAGUCCACGAAGAGGACAGCAGUGACUCUGAGGCAGAUGAUCCAUGCAUUGGCCAGGAUACAAAACUGCAGGAAAGCCAGAGUCAACCAAGCAGCACCAGCCACAGGCCUAGGUCAUCAUCGAACAGAGCGGCGGCAGCAUGGUCAGCAGACAGCGGCUCUGAUGACUCCAGGCGUUGGUCAGAUCAGCUCAGCUUGGAUGAGAAAGAUGGCUUUAUCUUUGUGAAUUAUUCUGAGGGACAAGCAAAAAUGCAUCCCCAUGCUCAGGUUAACCACCCACACCCCAGCUAUGCUGAAGCACGGCACUACAGCAAGCUUAAACCAGGAUACAGAUGGGAGCGCCAGUUGGUGUUUAGAAGCAAGCUAACUAUGCACACGGCAUUUGAUCGCAAAGACAACGCACAUCCAGCAGAAAUCACUGCACUCGGCAUCUCUAAGGAUCACAGCAGAAUUCUUAUUGGGGAUGGUCGAGGCAGAGUGUUCAGCUGGUCUGUAAGCGAUCAGCCUGGCCGAUCUGCAGCCGAUCACUGGGUGAAGGACGAGGGGGGAGACAGCUGUUCAGGCUGCGCAGUCCGAUUUUCACUCACUGAAAGGCGUCACCAUUGCAGGAACUGUGGACAGCUCUUCUGCCAGAAGUGCAGUAGAUUUCAAUCCGAAAUCAAGCGUCUGAAGAUUUCAUCACCAGUCAGAGUCUGCCAGAACUGCUUCUACAACCUGCAGCACGAGCGGGGUUCAGAGGAUGGGUCCAGAAAUUGAUGGGGUCUUGGCAAACGGAGGCGCCGUCCAGCCCCGCCGUCACUCCAAGAACCAGUGAGAGUAUUGUGCAGUGAUCGGAAGGGAUUAGAACAUUGUCUGUUUACAGUUAAGUUUAUACUGAGUUUUAAGCACUAAAAGUAAAAAGGGAUCAUUGAAUUGAUUUGUGUUGACAGAAGGUAAGAGGCCAACAGCAUGAAGUAGAGAGCAAGGCCCAGGAAGAUGUGAUUUAUAACCACAAAUCCAAUAGAACUGUCAACCCCCAAACCUACCUUGAUGUGGCUAUCGAGAAAAUCCUCACUUAUCCGAAAAACCUGUUCUUGUCUUGUUUUUGUAGAGCUAGACAUCUUUAUUGGGGGGAGGGGGAGGGGAAGGCUUUUUAGAAAAUAGUUGUAAAUCUGCCUUCUUCGCAAGCAACUGUGUAUAUUGUAAAUAGGUAUAACGGCCUUUUUAUCUAAAUAUGAACUUAACUGCCUGUUACAUGGGACUUAAGAUUAACCACUGUACUUUGUGUGGCAUCUAUAUCUCAUCUAUCAAUUCAAAUACGAAUGUUUAAAAAAAAAAAACAAAACAGAAAACUCAAAGGCAUUAUGCAUAUUUCUGUUUAAAACCCAGUCUGUGCAUGUGUGUCCUUUCAGUUGCCCACAGAAUCUUAUUUAAGUAGGGCUAUUCAUAAAACUACAUAGAUUUUUUCAAAAGAAAACAUUUUUAAGAAUAGGACUUGGAGUAUUUUAUUCUAUAGCUGUAAGAUAACCAGGAGCUAAAUUGUACACUUAUGUUGCGUUUUAUACCAAACUAUUUACCACCUCAGUGUUGUUCAUAUUUAAUAAGGCCUCUUUUAUACAUAUGUCAGAGCUGCAGUUUUGUUAAUAAUUUAAUGUUCAUUAGCAGCUGAUUCAUGCAGUGCAAGAAUCAGCUUUUACCUUCUUUACUCAAUAGCAAUUGGCUUGCAUAUAGGUACAGAGGUAAUUCCUUGUGCAUAAAAUUUAACCGCUGUUGUCCUGUUGCUUCUUUGCAUAAAAACUUUUGGAUCAAUAGGCAUUUCUCUAAAACAGGGUGAUAGUAGUCACGUCAGAAACGAUGAGCUAUCCUUGUGUUUCAGCACAUGGCAUCAACUUGAGGACAGCAGUAGAUUUCCACUAUGGUUUUUAAGUUCCAGUAUGAAUUUACUUGCAGUAUUUUUUUACUACUCUGUCAUUUAUUUUGCACUACAUAUGGGAUGAAGUAGAGACACUGAUAUCCACUGGGAUUGGAACACGCACAUCGGAUAGGCCCGUGGACAUAGUUUCUGACUGAGGUCUUGCCAGUGGGUUUUUGGUUGGGGGGAGUAGGGGAGGGGGCAGGCUGGUGUUUGGUUUGGUUUUGUUUUUUAAUGUGUAUAUAUUUUGUAAAUGGGUGACAAACUGAUCUAGAUCAAAGUAUAUUCACAAUGGAUUCUUUUAAAUAGCAGUAAGGAUAUGACCCAAAUCAACAGAAGACAGGUGGCUCUGCUUUUGCUCUGCUGGUACUUCAGUGAGUGUCUUCACUCAAGACAGUGGGAUUAUCCUUCACUUGGGACGAUUUGGGCAGUCUGCUUUUGGAUAGCAAAUGGUUAAAUUUAGCACUGUCAUUGGAAUUGCACCAUUGCACUGUUGAAAAUGCCAGACCCUUGAUGGUGCUGUGAGCUCUUUCCAGAAGGUCCUUGGCACUGGGGAGUACAUGUGUCUUCUCUUGAUUUGAGCUUCUAGUGGUGAAUAAUUUGUUAAUCCUGACCACUUACUAUUUACCCUGGUAUCACACGUUUAUGCACUGAAGGUUAAAUAUGUAUUUUGAUACAUCUUUGUUUAUUAUGUAUGUGCUGGUCUGUAAAAUGAGAUAUAUUCCUGUUUUGCUAUGUAUACUAGGUCCCCAAAUGAACAGAAAGGCUUCUCUAGAGCCCUUGCACACUGUUAAGUAAAUGCAGGUUUGUUGAAAUUAGCUGACCCAAAUAGAUCCCUUUGGAUCCAAAGAGUGAUGAUCAAAUAGCCGCACAGCAUGGCUACGCUGACAGAUUUGUCCCUAAAACAAGAAGUCUUCACUAAGUGUGCAUGGAGCACUGGAAUUUCUGUGUUCAGCUGUUCUCUCUAACGUUGCCUUCACCCUUCCCAACAUGAUGCGAAACCAGCAUAGUUCAGAAGACAGGCUCGUGGCCUUAACGUUUUCAUUUUGAAGAAAAGGCUCUAUUAACAACCCUUAAAUGCCUUUGAGUCCAAAGAGUUUUCUUCCCCUUGCCUCUAGAAUCCAAAUCAAGACCAAAUUUAAGGAAACCUUCUUUUCUACGGACUGGAAGUUGCAGAGCCACGUAAUUAAACACUAAUAAAACCCAGGUUUAUGGCAAUAACACUGAUGGUAAUUGAAGCACUAAAGAAAGCAGUCGGCAUAUAGUACUAAUGCAGGGACGUGUUCAGCUGCAUAAGCAGGUCGUGCAUGUGGUGUUCUGCGUGUUUGGUGUUUUGGCAGCGUACUAAAAAAUUAAAGUCACUCUUCUUUACAAAUCCUAUAGCAGAGAGGUGAGUCCCAAUUUACAUUUUGCCAACAAAGCACCAUAGCUCUCUGAUUUAAUUCUUCGGUUGCGCUGUUCCAAAAAGCCCGUCUUUGCUUGUAGAAGGGAGGGGGAAAACCACACCUGCUCGUAUUUCCUCUGGCAGCUGGUGCUGUGGGCAACUGUUUUGUUCACUUGGGAGUGGGUUUUUUUCCAUUUCUUUCAAGCUUCUAAUGCAAAUACUUUCUUUUCCAUAUAAAAAUCUGUUGAGCAAAAAUAUACUCAUGUACACUAACAUUAGUAGACUGUAUUCUCUGCAAGUACCUCACACGUCUUCUCCUGCCUUGUUCUUUGUAGUAUAACUUAUCCAUGUACUCCUAACAUUCGUAUGUAGUGUGCAACCGUAGUGUCAUGCUUAGGAGAGGGGGUUGGCUGCCUGCAGCCGACAGCCGUCGGUUCAAUAGCAAAACACUUUAGAUAAGUUAUUUUGCACUUUCUUAUGUAUAAAAUUGGUAGAAACUUAUAUUUGCUUUGUAUCAUUUAAAGACUCCUUUCGUUUCAGUAAAUGAACUGUGUAUAAAAUAUUUAUGCAGUUAAAACUGUUUUUAGAAAGUAUUUUUAAUUUCAGCAAGUUUGGUUACUUGUUGCAUGACUAUUAACACAGCUGACUUUUUGUGUCAGUGCAAUGUAUAUUUUUUUUGUCCUGUUAUUAACUUGUAAGCCCUAGUUAAAUGGCCAUUUAUUUGUACAGCAUCAGGAGUAAAUUGAAGAUAACUGGCUAAGACUGGAGUGUGGAAUUUUGUACUAUAUUGCAGAAUCCAGUAUCUGUUUUUUGGUGGUUACGUAAAAGGCCUGACGAUUUACUAUCUAGUGUGCAAUCUGUGAUAUCUGAAUGUUCAUUGUAUAUUUGUCUCCAAUGCAAAAAGGUAGAGUAACACAGUUACAACAAUACAUGAUUAAAUGCAAUAGUUCAGGUACUGAAGUAUUUUUUUCAUUUCAAAUAAAUACCUGCUAUUUACCACCAAAAAGCUGUUUUGCAUUUGUUAGAAAGAUGUUUGCAGCCGAAUAAAUGUUUUUAACAUGGGAGUGGUAACUAAUGAAUAACAUGUUUCUGUGUCCUCAAGGAGUAUUACUUGUUAUGGUUUUGCCUUCUGAACAUGAGUAGUCAUGCACGAUGAUGCAGACUGAAAUCAUGUGUGUCUUUAUUCUUUUUUUGCUUUCUAAGUGUCAUUGUAGAGUGUGAAGCCAGCAGGAUUUGACGGUGUGUGUAGAACAACAGGCUGUACUGAGACAGAGAAAGCAGACAGGGAAGAAUUAUUUCAGUCAUGCUCGGUAAGGAUGGUGGAAGACAGGGAAGUAUUGAAAUCCAAUUUCCUAGUUCUUCAAUCCAUUUUUAUACCCUUUUCUAAGCAGGUCAUGCUAAAGAUUGCAGGGUUUUAUUUUGGCAGUUAAUUUUGUGCCAACACUAGUGGCCGGCAAUUCUUCCUUAACUAAAAACGGUGAUGCAGUUGGGCCUCCCAUGUUCUUUGGUUGUAAAAGAUAAGGAACUUUUACCAAUGAACUUCACUGUCUGUGCUUAUUGUGCUUAACUUCUUCCAUGAACUCUUUGGGGUUUUUAGUUAUAUUUAAUUAUACUUAAGUAUGCUCUCAGGCAGCAGUUGUAUAGAAGUGAUUUUGAUGGCCUUCCUAAGUCCUAUCUUGCUUAUGUAGCCCAGGUAACGUCCACUUUUCAUAGGUUCAUGCAUUUCUCUCUCAGGGAUUUCCAUAUUUUAAAUCUUCUCAUACAAUGAAAAGUAUGUUUUCUCUGCGUUUUGGGGAUAUUUCUGUAUUUCCCAGCACACCUGCAGACACUUGGCAGCUGCCAAGAGAGGCAGCCUGGCGUGCUGUUCUGCUGUCACGGAGCAGGUCGUGAAUGAAAUCCCUCAGAGUGUUUUGAGGCAGUAAACCUUGCGACUGUGGGAUGUAGGCUCUGGUGUCGCUGGCAGGGUGGUGUUGGGGAAGAUUCUCUUCUAACAGUAGCUCCAGGCUGGUCUGUGCAGCUGGAUCAUUUGGUAUGUAGUGUGUUAACCUCAUUUUGCUGUAGGCAAAAAAUGAAUUAGCCACCUUGUUUGAAAUGUGGUGUGUUACAUCGGCUGACUUGGAGUGACGCAAAGAACUUGCAGUUAGUGUUGCAUCCUGCCUACAGAGUGCACUGCAGGGCCUUGUCUCCACUGCUUAUGAGGUCUGAUGGCGGGCGCUUCUCAGCUUUGGGAAGCUGAGCCAGCCUCACGGGGUGCUUUUUUGGCCCUCGUGUGCCUUCAGCACCCCAGUGUGCCUGUGUUCUCUGCACCUCUACCAGCCUGUGGUGUGUCCCAACUCUUGCCCUGUAUUCAUGGGGAACUUGAGUGGCAUUGCACUGGGUAUGUAGCUGGCUGCAAAGGAUGGGGAAUUUCAUAGAAUCACUAGGUUGGUAGGGACCUACUGGGUCAUCAAGUCCAAUCAUUCCUACCAAUCCCUAAACCAUGCCCCUCAGCACCUCGUCCACCCAUCCUUUAAACACCCCCAGGGAAGGUGACCCAGCCCCCUUCCUGAGCAGCCUGUUCCAGUGCCCAGUGACCCUUUCCGUGAAAAUUUUUUUCCUGAUGUCUAGCCUGAACCUCCCCUGGCGCAGCUUGAGACCAUUCCCCCUUGUCCUGUCCCCUGUCACUUGGGAGAAGAGGCCAGCUCCCUCCUCUCCACAACCUCCUUUCAGGUAGUUGUAGAGAGCAAUAAGGUCUCAUUUGUAAGAAAUGGGACCAAAAUUGGAACACGGCCACUGAUGAAUAUAAGGAGAAUGGUGCCUGCUCAAGGGUCUGCAGUAGCUUCCGGCGUGGGGCACGCAUGCCAGCUUGGGGAUGCAAUGUAAUUUCUAAGCAUGAAGGUCUAGGAAAAAUCACUAUUGCAUGGAGGGGAACGACUGAAAAAUGUAGUGACCACAUUGAAUAAAAAGGGCGUAAAAGCAGGCUGCCAGGAGCUAGUGGUAGCACAGAUCCAGGUGGUAUUCCAGGUGUUGAGCCAGUGCCCUUCUCCUGUAGGAGGGACUGCUCCCUUCCCACUUUCAGUGCCGCUGCAGCCUGUGCCACCUGCUGUGCUGGGCAGGGCUGCCGGGAGGCUGAAGUGCUGAGCAAGGUCAAAGAUUACCUCUGGGCAGGAGUGUGUUACAAACAUAAAUACCACCGUAUAAUGUGUGUGUGUGCGCGCGUGCACAGGGCGAGGUUCUUGCCCAGCAGCAGUGAGGAAAGCCCUGUGUAAUCAGCCACAACCCUGCCUGGUGCGGGCUGGCUGCCUUCAGCUUAGGAAAAGCUUCCACCCUUUCCUGGGGGCAGCUUUGGCGAGUGCCCCACUUGAGAGCAAGCACUGCUUUCCUUAAAGCUUGGCCGCUCUCCCAAGACUGCACUGACGAAACUGGGCAGGGAACCACCACAGAGCUGCUGGGACUUGGCUGCACUCCUCCUUCCCUGCCCGCGUGCGUGAACCAGCGGGUCACAAGGACACUCAUUGUGGGACAAAUGUUCUGAUUGCAGAGUGACCCAGGAGCCAUUUCCCAGCUCCUGUGCAGUGGCAGAGCUGUCCCACACUUUUCCCAACCCACGGCCCUGGCUCUUAAAAUUCACCAAUUUGGGCAGCGAUUGCUGUGUGCGUACCACCGUGGGGUGUACGGCUGAGAGCUGAUCAGCUCCCAGCUGAACUGAGGGCAUUGGCAACAAAGGAUAACAAAAAAGGACUCGGUCUCAGUUGUAGGAAACUGCUAGGACCUCACUGAAGUCAAGGGCUGCUCCUCUCAAAGCAGAGAGUAAAAGUAGGUUUGAGUUCAGCUGUAAAAGCAGUAGUAAUUAAAAAUAAUAGUGAUCUCGGGGUUAUUUCUGUGGAUGAGUUAAAACCCUCAGCUCUUAUUUUCUCCUUAUCAUUUCUUUUAGAAUAAAUGGGAAGUCUUGAGUCCAAAAUAUAUUCUGUUAUUGAGGAGGGACAAUUUGUUUCUUUCUACUGUGGCACAGAAUGACAUCACUCACCAUGAUAACUACCCAGGGAGCUUUCCUGCUUCACAAAAGAAUUAGUUUUAGAAGAGAGGCUUGUUUUAGCGAGAGGUCCUUCUGAUUUGGUAUUGUAAUAGAUAAAAACAUAAAAGGUUAAAAUAGCAAGUUAGAACAUGUCCUGAUGCAGCAAAGCCCAUUGACACUGACAGAGUGUGGCGACAGAAGGUUCUUUGCACUGGUUAUCACUGGGUGAAUGCCUGUCUAGGCAAAGCCUUGGUUA